AUGCCGUGUCCGCCCGAGUUUCCGGAGUUUUCAGAUCUUCCCCUGGAUCCGACACACCCGCCGCAUGCUGCGUGGGGUGUCUGGGGAGAGAAAGACCGUCUAGGGACAUUGAACCACCUCACUCCAGAUCAUGUGUUGCAAGCAGUCAAAGAGGUUCGCACAGGCGUUCGGAUAGGACUCAACUUGCCUCUUAAGCAGAACUUUCUCCGUCCGAGCUUCCGUUCGCCUCCUACCCAUGAGAUCUAUAGCAUCGCACAUAAUAUGCAUGAUGAUUGCAUCCAGUUCAACACCCAAACCAGCUCUCAGUGGGAUGGCUUUGGCCACUGCGGCUAUGUUGACGGCCUGUUCUACAACGGUACCACAGCGGCGCAGGUUCGAUCGGUAAACUCACCCAUUGGGAUCGAAGCUUGGAGCCACCAAGGGAUUGUUGGUCGGGGUGUUCUUGUCGACUUUGCGCGGUAUGCAAAAAGACACAAUUUGAGUUACAACCCAACAAGUCGCGCUGAAAUCACACUCAACCAACUUCAAUCGGCUGCCGAAGAAUGCAGAAUCAACUUCAGACCCGGAGACAUACUCGUCUUGAGGACCGGUUUCGUCCAGGCCUGUCAGGCCAAAUCGUACGAUGAGCAGCAGAAGAUGUCACUGGAGAAUCCAGGCCAGUAUCCCGGGUUGUCCAGCUCUGUGGAGACCCUGCGAUGGCUGUGGGAUAACAAGUUUGCCGCGUGUUGUGGAGAUUGCCCCAGCUUCGAAGCAUGGCCGCCCAAGGGCGGCAGCAUGCAUGAGAUCCUACUGGCAGGUUUCGGUAUGCCUAUUGGAGAACUCUUCGAUUUGGAUGAAUUGGCACGCCACUGCGAGGCUGUACAACGAUGGACUUUCCUUGUAACAAGUUCUCCCUUGAAUAUCGAAGGCGGCGUUGCAAGUCCACCGAAUGCGCUAGCCAUAUUCUAG